AUGGCCAACUCUACCACCCUCCAGCUAUCCAUCGACGACUCGUCACCCACGGUCCAAUACUUCCCCUUCGCUGACACACUCGGACAGCCGGACUUGUUAGCGGGCUGGAACCCAUACUUCACAGACUCGUUCUUCGCUGCGACUCCCGGCGAGACAGGAAAUGGGACUUCUUUACAUCUGACUUCACACGACGGGGCGGCGAUCUCACUCACGUUCUUUGGUACUGGUAUUCAACUGUUCGGCAAUGUUACCCAGUCAGCCUCGUACGACCUGCAGCUUGACGGAACCACGACCACUCCGGCCAUACCUCUCUCUGCGUCGGACCCGUCGCUUCUUGCGUCCUACGCCGACCUUGAUGCAGGCAAUCAUACGGUGUCCCUCAUCGUCCAUAACCCCUCCAACGCCUCCUCGAACAUCAUCGCGUUCGAUAGAGCGGUUAUAUUGGUGAACCAAACCGGAACCACCGACAUCAACUCUACUCUCAUCGAUGACACGCGCAUUCCCUUCCUUGGCACAUGGUCAUUUGAACGGGAUAGCUCACUAGCCUCCCUUGACGGAUCAGAUACCUUCCAUACAUCAAGCAACAGCGGCGACUUCUUUUCCCUCAUGUUUAAUGGCUCAGCUGUGUCUGUCUCGGGCUUCCAGGACUUCAAUUCGGGCCAUUACUCUGUCACCGUCGACGGAGUGGUUUCCGUCUUCAACGCCCAAUCCUCGUUCAGGGAGCCGACAACCCUGUUCUACAUGACCGGACUCAGCGCUAACGCCACCCACAAUCUGACGGUUGUCAAUCUUGACAACCGCCUGUUGGCUAUCGGCUCCAUCAAUGUGACCACGUUCAAUACAACACAAGUAUCCCCCGGGUCAACUGCGCAUGCAGGCUUACCAGGAAGUACUAUCGCCGCAAUCGUUGUUGCGAGUGUGCUCGGCGCCGUGCUUUUUUGCCUGCUGGCCUUCCUCUUAUAUCGUCGACGCCGACUAUCCUUGCUCCCUCGACAUGGCGCAGCAGACGAGGAGGUACUGGACUCGGACAUCGUCUUUGAGACAGGCGACAUGGACGAGAGAAAGCCCCCGUCGAAGGUCAGCAUCAGCAUCGAACGCCGGGAUGGCAGCAACAAUAGUCGAAGCUUCACAUUGUCCUUGCCUAUGCAGCAGUCGCAGUCGCGUGGUUCGCCGCGGGACGAUCACUCGCCCAGUAUCCAGGAGCUACCUCGUAGUCCAUCUGUCUCGCUCGUCGGCGGCCAGGUGCAGAAUGGCUCUAAUAACGACAAUGGCGGGGAUAAAGUCGUUACAGGUCGUAAAUCCGCCAGAACCAGGUCUGCGAGCCAGUCAUACGCGCUACCCCUUGCGCAAUACCCGUCUCCGCCCGAGCAAUACCGCCCUCAGCCGCGGCAAUCCCUUCCGCAGCCACCCGAAGUUCAGCAGUCCGAGGUCGGGACGAACGAUCCCGUCUCCCCUGCAUCGGCUCUGGCUGGGUAUAAUGCUGCCCUCGCGAGCGCUGUAGCUGCCUUGCAGCCCUCUGUACCGGUGACGGAUGCUGGGCGAAACUCGGACAGUGACCCCGAUAACACGCGUCAAGGUGUACCCAAGAACGCUCGUUCUACGGGCUACUCCUUCCUCGACAUCUCAUCGCGCGAAGGUUCAGGUCAGGACGAUCAAGAGUCGCCCGUGAAUACCUCAUCGUCUGGUUCCUGGGGCCCACGAUACAAUCGCAUGAGCCAACAGACGGGUCGCAGUGCACUAAGCCAACAGUCCAGUGGUCGUCCUGUCUCCAUGGGCUACGCGAUUGAGCAUGAACGAGGCACCGACCUGGGUCUCUUCCGGCCUUCGCAGCCUCGCUCUACAGGGCCCACUCACGCCCGUCGCUCUUCUGAACCCACCCUCCUCGCCAUCCCACCGAACUUGCCACCACCGUCGGCGCCUCCGUUGCGUCCUCUUCCGCGUAUUCCCCAGUUUCCCCAACUGCCCAUUGUCACUCCUCCAUCGGCCGGUCCAUCACGCACAGAGGGCCUUCCCGCUCUAUCUCUGCAGACAAGAUUCGAUUUUCCCGCACAACCGGCACCGACACAACUUUCCCAGCCGCGAGACCUUGAAUUAGCUGCUGCCGCCGCGACUGCAAGUGUGUCUGCCACGCUCGGUCGAUGGCUCCGCCCACCAUCAUUCUUGGGCCCAAGACGACAGUCACUCUCUGCGAACAUCUCCCCUACGGAGAGCUUACCUGUGUCCGACAUCCAGUUCCGAAGAGAGGACGAUUCGGAGGAGAACUCUCCAGCGCAAGCUGUCUCUCCGCCUACGUCGGCACCCGCUCAACGUUCAUACGCCUCGCCGUUCAUCUUGCAGACUCUCCGUGGCGAGAGACCAUCCAUCGGUUCCCCCAGCGAACAUAUACCGAGCAUAACCCACAAUCCUAGUGCCGAGUCCGUUGAGCGGUUACCAGGGCCGUCAUUCGCACCAGGUCUUGAAAGGCAGAGACACUGA